CUCACCCCAACCCAAUAGCCAAGAACAGAAGCGAAGCUGCAGGGAGAGCUAGUAUACCACUACAGCAAGAAACCAGCGCUCCAUCCAUCCAUGGAAGAUCCCUACUACACAAGCUUCCUCAAGAACCCCUACUACUACUACACAGCCUCCUUCCCCGCCACUCCCGCCGCCCACCUCCCUCCUCCCCUUCCGCCUUACACCACCCUCUACCCCACCGUCGCCGCCGAGCCUCAGUACCCCGCCUGCUUCUUCCAGCAGCAGCCGCCUCUGCGUGACUCCCCUCCUUCCCCUCCGCUCCGAGAGGCGCUGCCCCUCCUCUCCCUGUCGCCCACGCGCGGCGCCUCUCGGCCGCAUGUAGCGACGGACUCCAACGACGACGACGACUUCCUGCCCGAGGCAGGCGGCGGCGGCGGCGGCUCCGCAGAACCUACUGUGCGCGUGCCGCUCUUCGCCGACCUCAACCGCAUGCCUUCCUGCUGCGACGGCAGCGACCCGAUGGACGUGGAGGCCUGGGCGUCAACUGACGACGCCGCGGUCGCUCUGCGCAUCGGCCUGCCAACGGCGCCGGGCAUUGGCACGGAGACUGACCUCCUGUCCGCGCUCUCGGGCAGGGCUGGAUGCAGCACCGAGGCCGAAGAGGAGGAGGAGGAGUGCAAGGUGGACACCGGCGCCAGCGACGGAGACGAGGUGGUGCCGUUAGGGUUCGCCUCGACGCCGAUCGGGAGGCUGAACAAGGGGCAGUACUGGAUCCCGACGCCGGCGCAGAUCCUCAUCGGACCCACCCAGUUCUCCUGCCCCGUCUGCUUCAAGACCUUCAACCGAUACAACAACAUGCAGAUGCAUAUGUGGGGCCACGGGUCGCAGUACCGCAAGGGGCCGGAGUCGCUGCGCGGCGUGCAGCCGACGGCAAUGCUGCGGCUGCCGUGCUACUGCUGCGCGCCGGGGUGCCGCAACAACAUCGACCACCCGCGCGCGCGGCCGCUCAAGGACUUCCGGACGCUGCAGACGCACUACAAGCGCAAGCACGGGCUGAAGCCCUUCCUGUGCCGCAAGUGCGGCAAGGCCUUCGCCGUCAAGGGCGACUGGCGCACGCACGAGAAGAACUGCGGCAAGCUCUGGUACUGCCUCUGCGGCUCCGAGUUCAAGCACAAGCGCUCGCUCAAGGACCACGCGCGCGCCUUCGGCCACGGGCACGGCGCCUUCGGCUGCAACGUUGACGGCGCCGACGGUCUCGAGGACGACGACGAGGGCGCCGUCUCCGAGAUCGAGCAGGACUGCGCCGGCGCCUGCAGGUCGGCGCGGUGAUCGUCGAUCUCACCGACCGAACAUUCAACAUCUCGUGCUUCUCUAUGCUACGUGCCACAUAUAGAUAGCUAGCGCAGUCUGUGUUGUUGUUCUUGUUAGUUGCUGUUGUGUUCUUGUGGACGGCGUCGUUGUUGCUUUUGCUCGAGUAGUUUGUUAGGGUUGUGUCGUGUGAUCUCUUCUCUAGCUGGUAAUUGUUAGUGCCGAUCGAGACGACGACUCCAAUGUUGGAAUGUUGGACUGCUUGUUGGGGUGAUCUCAAUCGAUCAUACCUU